AGAGGGGAAAGGUCCCGAAGCUCAGUGCUCAGGGGCAGGUGACACAGUGCGGGUUCCCCAGCGCUGGCUUGACAGUUUCAUCCCCGCCCACUGGCAGGAGAGAGCCGGGCCAGGCCGCACGCGAGCGCGCAGGGGGCCAUAAAAGCUGCGGCCGCGCAGAGACGCGGAGCUCGCCCACCGCCCGUUGCAGCUGCGACCACACCAUGCACGUGAACGGCAAAGUGGCGCUGGUGACCGGCGCCGCGCAGGGAAUAGGCAGAGCCUUUGCAGAGGCGCUGCUGCACAAGGGCGCCAAGGUAGCGCUGGUGGAUUGGAAUCUUGAAGCAGGUAUGAAGUGUAAAGCUGCCCUGGACGAGCAGUUUGAACCUCAGAAGACUCUCUUCAUCCAGUGUGAUGUGGCUGACCAGGAACAACUGAGAGAUACUUUUAGAAAAGUUGUAGAACACUUUGGAAGAUUGGACAUUUUGGUCAAUAAUGCUGGAGUGAAUAAUGAGAAAAACUGGGAAAAAACUCUGCAAAUUAAUUUGGUUUCUGUUAUCAGUGGAACCUAUCUUGGUUUGGAUUACAUGAGUAAGCAAAAUGGAGGUGAAGGCGGCGUUAUCAUCAAUAUGUCAUCUUUAGCAGGACUCAUGCCUGUUGCACAGCAGCCUGUCUACUGUGCCUCAAAGCACGGCAUAAUUGGAUUCACACGUUCAGCAGCGAUGGCUGCUAACCUUAUGAACAGUGGUGUGAGACUGAAUGCCAUUUGUCCAGGCUUUGUAAACACGCCCAUCCUCAAAUCUAUUGAAAAAGAAGAAAACAUGGGACAAUACAUAGGAUAUACAGAUCACAUCAAGGAUUUGAUGAAAUUCUAUGGAAUUUUGGACCCAUCAAUGAUUGCCAAUGGAUUAAUAACACUCAUUGAAGAUGAUGCUUUCAAUGGCGCUAUUAUGAAGAUCACAACUUCUAAAGGAAUUCAUUUUCAGGACUAUGAUACAACUCCAUCUCAUGUCAAAACCCAAUGAAGAGGCUGGGGUUGUGGCUCAGUGGUCGAGCACUUGCCUACCAUAUGUGAGGCACUGGGUUCAAUCCUCAGCACCACAUUAAAAAAUUAAAUAAAGUUAUGUCCAUCUACAACUAAAACAAAAAAUUUAAAAAACCCAAUGAACAUUUUAAUCAGUCAUAAUUGAAAAUAAUCAAAAAUGACUUAUAUUCAGACCACAUCUUCCUUUGAAUAUAACUUUUUAAAUGAAAUGUUAUAGUCUGAAGCUUUCCUUCAUACAUCAGAUAUUUUUUUCUAAAUGAUUAGCUGAGUCUGUGGAUAAAAAUUUAUGAUAAACUAUUAAAAAGUACAACUCAAACUAAAGCUAGAUUUUAACAUAUAUAGUAUAAGUAAGGAUUAAAACAAAGGAUAUUCAAGGAAUGUUCUGUUUUCCAGAAAAUAUUAUUUAAAUCUGUGGUUCAUAAACAUUAAAGUUUUUUUCAGAAAAUCCUUUUAAAGGAGAUACUUGAAUUGUUAUUUAAAUCAAGACAGAUGUAAAAAACUCAUUUUCUAUGUUUGCACUUCAAAAGCAGAAAUCUACUUAACAAUGACAAAGGUUUAGUAGUAAUAAUUUUUACUUACAUACCAUCUUUAAGCUGAGAUGAGGCAUAGUUUGUGAUAAGUAGUUAAGGAAUAAAUUUCAAUAUGACUAUAUCACAAAUUAAAAAUCUGAUGCAUGGAAAAAUGAUAGAAAGUAAUUGAUUGAGAUUGUUGGUUCACAGUUCAGCCUCAAAUUGAGGAAAAACAUUUCUUUCCUCUUUACUUCCUUUAAGACCUUUGAUUGACUCCAAAAAAAAUCUCAGGAAUGAAACAUUUAGUAGUUAUAGUAAAAAAAAAAAAAAAAAAAAAAAAAUUUAAAAUUUUAUAU